GGACUGCGGCCCGGGUUGAGAACAUAUCAGGCCUCACACACUUAUUCCUCUCGCCACCCGUUAUCCCACGGACUCACGCGCCCGGGUGCGCGCAUUUCCUUUUCAUCUCAAGUUGUCGCGGUCAGCCAGUCAGAGCCGCGUAUCGCAAAGCGCCCGGAUGAAAGAGAGACUUUCAAGGCAACAUGGUUGUUUGACUCGCUUAGGGUUCAGCCGAGCAGCGGACGUACACUACUAAUAGUCAGAGGGAAGCGUGUCGGAAUCUGGACAUUUUCGACAGUUUCUCGAAGCCACCAGGCGGCACCCAGGCGUUCGGUUCUGGGGAAAAGUAGUGUUAUCGUUGUUGCUAAACGGUGGGAGGAAGCAAAGGUGUCGUAUUUCGCUCUUGAGCACGCUGAGCGAUGGACUUCCUCCUCUGUCCACCACUACCCAACUCACCUCAACAGACUGAGCUGCAGAUGCUAAGUUAGCAGUACGCUUCUCCCCUCAAACUUUACAUAACCAGGAAGGGGACAAAAUCAGCACAGAGUUAUACUCCUUGCGUACAGACGACGGGAUUCCCAGCUCUGCUCCAACGCGGCUGCCUCUGAAUAGUCUAGUCAGUUCAUUUUAGCGGGGCGGCCUUCUCUCUUUCCUCAUACACUCGAAGGAUUUUGGAUCGAGCCAAGAUGGAGAAUUUAGAGGGGUACCUGUGGAUGGUGAUCCUGGGCUUCAUCAUCGCCUUUGUCCUGGCCUUCUCGGUGGGGGCCAACGACGUGGCCAACUCCUUUGGCACGGCCGUGGGCUCCGGGGUGGUCACCCUCCGGCAGGCCUGCAUUCUGGCGUCCAUCUUUGAGACGCUGGGCUCCAUGCUGCUGGGAGCCAAGGUGGGGGAGACCAUACGGAAGGGCAUCAUCGACGUCAACCUGUACAACGAGACGGUGCCCGUGCUGAUGGCAGGGGAGGUCAGCGCCAUGGUCGGGUCGGCGAUUUGGCAGCUCAUUGCCUCAUUUCUCAAACUACCUAUCUCCGGGACGCAUUGCAUUGUGGGAUCGACGAUUGGAUUCUCCAUGGUGGCCAUCGGUACCACGGGUGUCCGGUGGAUGCAGCUGGUCAAGAUUGUUGCAUCCUGGUUCAUCUCACCCCUGCUGUCUGGACUGAUGUCUGGGUUCCUCUUCUUUCUCAUCAGACACUUCAUCCUUAAUAAGGAUGACCCUGUCCCUAAUGGUCUCCGAGCCCUGCCUGUGUUCUACGCCUCAACGAUAGGCAUCAACGCCUUCUCCAUCCUCUACACUGGAGCACCAUUGCUGGGUCUGGAGAUGUUACCUGUGUGGUCUAUAGCUCUGAUUACUCUGGCCGGGUCUCUGGUGUGUGCUGCGGUGGUCUGGUUCGCUGUCUGCCCCUGGAUGAGGAGGAAGAUAGCAAGUCGAAUAAAGAAGGAGCAUGCCGCCCUGUCCCGGAUCUCAGACGAAUCGUUAGAUAAGAUCCCAGAGGAGGAAGAGGAGGAGCUACCUGUGUUUAAGGAGUUACCAGGCGCCAAGGCGACGGACGAUGCCGUUCUGCCAUUAACCGGUGGUUCUGGGGAGGCCCGGAGAGGAGAGUCCACUGGAGAACUCAACAGCUUGGCUAACGGAGGCACCGUCUUGCCCAAUGGACGGGUCUAUGGUCGGACUCACUCCAUGACUAACGGCACUCUGUCCGUGUCCAAGUCCCCGCUGUCCAACGGCACCUUCACGUUUGGAGCGGAGCACAUGCGCAGCGACGGCCAGGUGUACCACACGGUCCACAAGGACUCGGGCCUUUACAAAGACCUGCUCAGCAAGAUCCACCUUGGGCGGCUGGACGACGACCGCGCCGCCCCGGCGCCCGACAACAACUACCGGCUGCUGCGCCGCAACAACAGCUACACCUGCUACACGGCCGCCAUCUGCGGCAUGCCCGUCCAGCCGCUGCACCGCGCCGAGUCUCGGGAGGCCCGCGAGGACAGCGAGAAGCUGGUGGGGGAGGGGGACCGCUCGGGGAGCGUGUCCUACACCAAGAAGAGGAUCCGCUACGACAGCUACUCCUCCUACUGCAACGCGGUGGCGGAGGCUGAGAUUGAGGCAGAGGAGGGAGGCGUGGAGAUGAAGCUGGCCUCGGACUUGGGGGGCGAGGAGGUGGGGGUGCCCGGGGACCCCGUGCCGCUGGAUGACUCCGCUGAGGAGGACCGGGAGGACAAGGACAAGCCCACGGUGUACCUCCUCUUCCACUUCCUGCAGAUUCUCACCGCGUGCUUCGGGUCCUUUGCUCACGGGGGCAAUGAUGUCAGUAAUGCCAUUGGUCCGUUGGUGGCGCUGUGGAUGAUCUACGAGCAGGGAGGGGUGAUGCAGGAUGCUGCCACGCCCAUCUGGUUGCUGUUCUAUGGGGGCGUGGGGAUCUGCUGUGGCCUCUGGGUGUGGGGGCGCAGAGUUAUACAAACCAUGGGGAAGGACCUCACCCCUAUCACCCCCUCCAGUGGGUUCUGCAUUGAAGUAAUGAGUGCUUUGUCAGUGCUUGUUGCCUCUAAUGUGGGCAUUCCAAUAAGCUCCACCCACUGCAAGGUCGGGUCGGUGGUGGCCGUAGGCUGGAUCCGCUCCAAAAAGGCGGUUGAUUGGAGGUUGUUCCGUAACAUCUUCCUGGCGUGGUUCGUCACAGUGCCGGUGGCAGGGCUGUUCAGCGCUGCGGUGAUGGCACUGUUCCUCUACGGCAUCCUCCCUUAUGUCUGAGAUGGAGGAGAGAGGGAGGAGAGACGAGAGCGUGGCCUAGUGGGGGAGAAGAAGAAGAAAGGGCGCAGACGACAUGGAGGGGAUGAGGAGAGAGGGAUGGAUGAAGGUAGAGAAUGAAGUGGUUAACGGACGAGUGGAGGAGAAGAGUGGGUUGGGUCACACGCUGCCUGGGUUGUAGUCCAGAAAUCUUCUGACUCGUUGACUUUCCUCUAAAUCUAGUUGUAUUUAUUUUCUUUUCUUUUAAUUUGCUAAAGAAAACAGUUUAACCAAUGCGUUUAAUCUCACAGAGCAAUGCUGUAGAUACGUUUUACAGAGGUAAUGACACAGUGUUUCACAUACAGUGAUGAAUAACAAAAGACAAAGUAGUUGACACAAUGUUUCCUGGCUAGUAAACAUUGACACACACACACACACACACACACACACACACACACACACCCGCACGCAAAGUAAACAGUACCGUAUUAAUUUGCACAGCCUCUAUUCGACAUGCCUGCAGUCCUAUAUGAAUAUAUUUUCAUUGCAUUAACAGUUGCUGUCGUUUACCAGCUGUUAUUAACGCCGUCAAGAUGAAAUUGUACAUAUUGUAUUAUUGGAUUAUUUGAGUGCGACUUGUUGUACUUCAGCUUUGCUUCAAAACAAAAAAUGUGUGUGACUGAUGACAUACACACACACACACACACACACUCACACACACACACCUUUAGCCUCUGCAGUUUUUAGAGAGAUGAGAAGAUGGUGAAAAGGGGUCAUGAGAGCACUGUGACCACAAAACCCUCCCAGGGUGUUACCAUAGAAAUCAGUCACCAUAAGAGAUCCUGUGUGUUUUAGAGACACCCUAUUUUUUAAUGAUGUUCUAUAAUGUUAUUUUACUGUAAAUACUAUUAUCGUGGGCUUUUAAUGUUGCUUUUAUGUUGCAAUUAUUUUUGUCACGGGAGCUCUACAUGAUAUCACAUCACCCGGAAUUCACACACACACAAACACACACACGAUAGCAUGUGACCUAUUGAUCACAUGGCUGUUUAUCAUUUCAUUUUAUAUAUAUAUAUUUGACCCGAUCUGGAGGACACCCUUAUUCUGUUCCAGUAUUCUGAAUUCAAACAUAUCAACUGAACUAUUCGAAAUGAUUUAACAAAAGCAUUCCUCUUACUGGGAAAUGCACAAUAAUGUUUUGUAUGUGAAAGAAACAACUAAAAGGUGCGUAUGUGUGUAUGUGUAUGUGUGUGUGUGUGUGUGUGUGUGUGUGUGUGCGCAUGCGUGCGCAUGCGUGCGUGUGCGUCUGAACAGGGUGAGUUACACCAUGCCAAAGUAAGCUGCCAUAGCAACAUGCCAAUGUCAUGCAGACAUGUCGAAGUGUAGCAACAGCCAAAAUCCGAAACGAAAUCCACUAUCUGCCCUGAACACACGACGAGUCGCCUUGAAAAGCCCCUUUACCAGCAAACCAAUAGAAUUCAGCUUACAAAAACACACACACGGUCCCUCUUCACCCCAUCCCUGUUAACCACCCCUCUACCACAGAUGGAACCCCAAGGUCAGAGGUCAUUGUGACAGCGUGAUCAUCAACACCUGCAUUAAGUCUCAUUCAGUUGCACUGUUCACUCAAAAAGGAAAUGGUUCCUUGAGGAUCUUGUUAGGGCUUGCAACCAUGGAGGGGUCAACCAGUGUUCCCCAACUCCAGUACUCCGUAACAAUGGAAUCCAUGGCUUCAGCUUGUCAUUUUAUUAUUAGUGUGUUCGUUCAGGGCUACAACAGAAGUGUUCCGUUGGGUGUUUUUUGAGACCAGAGCUGGGAACCCCUGGAAUAAACCGACUGGUUAGGGGAACCCCUGGGGUAAACAGACUGAUAAGAGAGGGGUAUCACUGUUAGGUAACAGUGCUGAUAUCAGUCUGAUUUUUGUGAGGGAAGGGUGAAGCAGAUGUCAAAGGUUAAUAUUUAGGGGUUUAGUGGUUUGCUAAUAGAGGUUCCUAUACAAAACCUAUAGAGGGCAGUAUAGCACAUAUAUCAUAAAGUUGAAUAGAGGGUACAUAUCAAUGUCUCUGCCCAAUGGCCAAAAAGUCACUGUGGCAAAUGAGCACUCUGUCCCACUCAAUGGUUUUACAUCCAGGUUUGGGAAUAGUAUUGAUCAUCACCAGCGUUUUUGAAAAAAAAAUACCUGACUUGUAAAUGAACAAGUAAAUGAAAAGUGUGGCUUUUUAAAGAAAUGAUUUGAACAAACCACCAAUGUGAGGUGUUUUUGCGGUUCAUUUUAAAAUGUUUUUUUUUUGUGGUGUGUAUUCUCAUUUUUAACAAAUGAACAAAUCUAUGCUUAAUUAAGUGGCCAUUUGCCUUGUUAAGAUGUUUUACUGUGUGGUGGAUACAGUAAGUUAUAAGUACUGUGGAGUUUACAUCGUAACCAUGAUAUUGUAGAGUAACUCGAGAUAAAUAUAUAUAUAUAAAAAAUUUAAACAUGUUGCCUAAUGAUGCCAAUGAAAAGAAAAACGUAUCAUUAACCAUGAAUUACCAAGUGCAAGUAAGACAAAAUAACUUGAAGUGGCUAGAAGAGAGUCUCUGAUGUCUCAUUUUUCUUUUGUAGUAGCCUAGUGAACCCUCUGCACUGCUACAUGUACACUUCAUAUAUGGGUGCAAUUCAAUAAUUAAGAGAAUAAAUAGACACAUUUCAUCAAGACUAUAUUUUUCUACCAUAUCUGAGUUUUAACCUCUUGAGGCAAUCACGCCAGCUGUAGAAAGGGGGGAACCCACUGGAACCCAAUGGAAGGCCUUGUCCGGGGCUACGAUGUCAUCACUGUAAACCAGGAAGCAGUUGUUACAAUGUCAUGUUAUGACACGGGAUAACAACUUCCUGUAUGCUGACGCUCUCUCCUUGCGUCGGACGGCGUGUCAGUUGUCAAUGCAGAUUAGACUUUUAAAUUACCAUCUUUAUUUUUAUUUUAGAAAAAAACACUUUGUAAUUUUGUUUCCCUGUAGUGCUUUAAAUGAGCUGCUCGACACAGGAGUCACUUGUCGAUAUCUAGCUACUAUUACCCAGUAGCACAGAGGACUGACCUCAGUUCCUCUCAGACUAGAUCUGUGGGAUGCAUACGUGCAGAUGAUCUGAGAUGUGCCCUGAGGAAAGGUGACAGGUAACACUCAGGCAGCUCAUAGUUCAGUGACAGGUAACACUCAGGCAGCUCAUAGUUCAUUGACAAGCUGCGUGUUUCUCUGGGGACCUAUGGAAGCUUGUUCCUGCCAACAUAUUGACACUAAUCUGCUUCCAUAGACUGAUCCCCAUUGGAACAGGCACGGUCAUUCAUUUCAUGCAUUCCCAGGUCUGAGAGGCUGACUGGGAUGCACCGCUCAAGGUAGAGAGGGAGACAGCAUUUUCACCAAUCAGAAUCAGUUACUGAUCGUCAAUCAAAACGGCCAACAACUGGUGCGGUUGCCAGUGGGGAGUUGGUCUGACGGCCGAUCCCACUGACGCACUGCGGGAAUCUAACUGAAUGUUAUGAGGCUUAACUCCUGAAUGUGCAAUAAUUAAUUAAGCUGUUUCUUUUUUGAAGGCACGACAGCAUCACUGUCUCUCUUUGUAGCGACAUUAGUCUACCCAGGGUGGAUGGAUGUAAUGGCAGUCUCCUCACAAGGAACCGCUUUAGCCUGGAAGGUCAGACCAAAUAGAGCUCGGUUUCAUGUUUCAGCCUCGUAAAACGGGAACUGGAAUCUGUCUGUAUUUACAGGCUAGCCGUUUCCUGCUAGCGAGGACAAAAUGCUGCAAUUCCAACCCUCCCCACCAGGUGGCGGUCUCUACAGAGGGUGCAUUGCGUCGGUUUUCCUUUUCUAUCUAGUCCAUUCUGUGGUAGAAUGCGUUCCUCGGCCGUUAGCUGGCCUGCAGGCUUUCUAUCUGCUCUAUGUUGUCUUUAUACUGCUUCGCUGUUUAACCGUUUGUUAACCGGUCCCUCCUCCAAGUGCGGGCUUCAACUGAGACUUAACAUGUUAAGCUCUUCUGAUUUGCAUAAUAACUGUACUGUAAUUUUUUUCCAUUUGUUUAACAUUUUUAGUGGAAAAAAAGUGUCUGCAUUUAAAACCAAUUAAAUUAUGGGAAUUAAAAUUACAAAGAAUACCAAA